CACAAAUACAACGCCCUCCAGAAACACACCGUUAUCUACUUGAAGCUUACCCACACAUUAUUACCCAGCAAACAUGGCCGACAACCACGACGAUCUCCACGCAGAGCAGACCGCAGGCUUCAAGGUCGGUGAGAAGAAGACGCUCGAUGAGUACCAGAAGCUGGACCAGGACGAUGAGGCACUGAACAAGUGGAAAGCUUCCCUUGGUCUCGGCCAGGGCAAGGACAUCUCAGACCCCAACGAUCCCCGCAAAUGCAUCAUCUAUUCGCUCGGUCUCGAAGUUGAGGGCCGUCCCGACAUCAUCAUCGACCUCAAGUCGCCUGGUGCUCUUGAGGCCCUUGAGAAGAAGCCAUUUACAAUCAAGGAGGGUGCUACAUUCCGCAUGAAGGCACAGUUCAAGGUCCAGCAUGAGAUUCUGGCAGGUCUGAAGUACCUGCAGAAGGUCACACGCAUGGGUGUCAGCAACAAGAUGCAGGAGAUGAUGGGCUCAUAUGGACCCAGCACAGAAGAGAAGCCGUUCUACGAGAAGAAGUUCGAACCGGAGACCGCUCCCUCUGGUAUGCUCGGCCGUGGCCACUACACCGCCGUCUCCAAGUUUGUCGACGAUGACAACCAUGUCCACCUGCAGUUUACGUGGUCCUUCGAUAUCAAGAAGGACUGGGCAUGAGCGCUCAACGAACGCAAUAUCUGAUUCGAAGUGGCUGGCCACUUAGCUGGCAUUGGAUCUGGACCAAGCGGUGGAUGUGGAUAUCAAGGGUACUCAAAAUGACGACUCCACGGCUGACGAUGUCGAUGAUCCCCGGAUUGAUUUCUUGAGUUGGACAUGAGACGGCAACUCAUAGCAUAGCGAAACCAAAACAUUUACAUAUC